UUGAAGGCAGCAUAAGCCGUGUGGUUGUACAGACUGGGAGGAGUGAGCCGUUUGUCUCCAGCGGGGAUGGCGUCCACUCGUAGAUAGAACUGAAUUAGCACUAUGCACCGGGGGGUUCAAAUGCCGGACUACUCCAGACAUCGAGACUGAACGCGCGGAAGAGCAGACCUGUAGCCGCUCCGCUACAUCAGGAGGAGCACCAGAUGUAGCUUAACUGCGCUGUUAGCAUCGUAGCUGUUCCGUCAACUUGAGGGCACCAGUGGGUCCAACUCGUAGACAACAUACAGCCUGUGGUAACACAUAGAUCAACAAAAUGACCUCAGCCUCCACCAAAGUUGGAGAGAUCUUCUCUGCAGCUGGGGCUGCUUUCACUAAACUAGGAGAGCUCACGAUGCAGCUUCACCCAGUGGCAGACUCCAGUCCUGCAGGCGCUCUGACAAAGAGCACAGUGAAGAGGAAGCUGUAUGAAGAAGGAGUUCUUCCCACGUCCUCUGAUGGGCCCAAGAGGGUCAUCAAAAAAGCCACAGUUACUGUUUCCAUGGCAACACAGGGCACCCCAAAUAUCAUCUCUCUGCCAACAGCUCAGGUUGUUGUGCCGUCAAGAGUACUGGGCCCCCCCUCCAACCAGGCCCACCUGAAGAAACAAAAGACUGCAGAUGUUACCCUCAGUGCUCUGAAUGACUCGGAUGUCAACAGUGAUCUUGUUGACAUUGAGGGACUGGGUGAGGCGUCCAACUCCAAAAAACUCAACAACUUUGAUCAAGAUAACCUGAGCCUGGACUCCAGCCUCAUCAUGAAUCCAAGUGACCUUCCUCUGCUCUCCCGUUGACCUCCUUACUUCCUCUGACUUUCAUACGUUGAUAAACAAAACUAUGAAAAUAAGAUAAUAAAAUGGCUGAUCCUUUGUGCCAAUGACGCAGACCAUCAACUUAAGAGUACAUGUAGGAUUGUUAUGUUGGGUCAUUCAGGACUUCUAUCUAAUCCACUACUGUUGGAUAAUUUUUACUUCAUGACAAUUUUAUUUGAGACCACCUCUUUCCUCACCCAAUUUUGCAUUGUAGAAAUAUCCAACAAGUCUAACAUUUAAAGGGGAGAUUUUUAGAUUCAUACUUCCUGUGAUAUUUAAAGAGAAACUAGGAAAUCAAAAGAAUGCACAAGAGAACCCCCAGCUUAAUUGACAAAGUAAAACACUUGUUUAGUAUUUCAUGUUCGAGUCAGUCUUAACACAUUUUGAAAGUGACUAGUAGCAGAUGUUACCACAAGAGUAGUUAGUUAUUAAGAUUAUUUAGAACAGCAAAAACAUUUUGGAGGAAUUUAUGGUUUAUUUUAGGAUACCUUCAAAGGGAGUUGUCUUCCUUAAUCAUAACAUAAAAGUGUUAGUAGUGAAAAGGACACAAAGUGUCAGAUCAUUCACAAUGUUCUUUUCAUUCCAGCCAGGGGCAGUUUCUAAUUGUUUUUGAGGCUUUUUGAGAAAAAAGUCAUCUAGAUAAUUCAUGUUUUUGUGGAGAGUGACGAUUUUUUAAGACUGAGAUAUUAAAGUGGUGGAAACUCAAAAAAGUGUGGAAGCCAGUUCUCUGUGGCAUAUAUUUAAGUUGUAAUUAAAAAAACAACAAAAAGUC